AUGAGGGCCACGAUGAUGCUGCUGUUGUUGUCGGCUCUGGCGCCGCUGGGCUGCGAACUGACAGACUUGUCCCUGUGCCCACGUGCUCUGGACUGCGCCCGUUUGGGGAGGCACUUCUGUCGGCCCGGGACCUCGCGCUGUGGCCGCUGUCUGCAGCCUCUGGUGCAGGACUCCAGGGGGCGCUGUGUGGUACGCAGGAGACAGCCUCACCACGCCACGCAGGCCCCAUGGCUCACCACACUCAGUCACACAGGAAAGAGCUCGUUUGUGGAGCUGGAUGAACAGAUCGACACACUCUCCGCCUUCAUCAGCGAACAGAGGAGCGACGUCACUCUCACUGGCAGCUUUAGCACUUGA